CAGGUCGCGAUUGAAAUAAUAAAUCACGGUUGAAACGGCUCUUAUUGCAUUUCAACUGUAAAACACAACCGAUUGCACAGGUUCAGCCAAGGGACGUGUCCUGGAUUGCAUCAUGCACGAAACACAUCACGGCUAUCUGCUGCAUGCAACUUGUUGAGCGCGGACAUUUUCUCUUGAUGAUGCGGAAGGGGUAAAGCGGCUUUGUCCAGAAUUGAAGGAUGUGCGUAUCUUACGUGGUGGGGAGCUUUUGAAGAAGAAGAGUGGGAUUACGUUGAGGAUGCUUCUUACUCAUACUGGUUUGUCAAUCUCAUCUACACCGCGAAAACUACCUAAUAGUUGCAGGAGUUGUGAAGGGAAGGAUGCUGAUAGUGAUAGCGCAGCUGGCUUCGGAUACUUGUUUUCGAAUCACGCCUUACGGGACUACGGUCGACAAGCAGGUCAUGACGAGUUCUCGGGCUGUUUUAUGGACUUCAUGCAACCGUUGGUUAAGGAGCCGGGGGAAGUGUUCGAGUAUGGUGCACUUCUUUUUUUAUCUUCUUUACUUCUUUCUUCUUGACCUGUUGUGCACUGCAAGAUAUAUACACUUUCUAUCGUCCUGCACGUCCCUAACGAUAUCAUUCAGAUCAACAUGGACUGGGCUGGUAUCGUCCUCGAACGGCUGGCAGGCCAGAGACUGGACGACUAAUAUGGAAGAGGAAUCUUUUCGUCCGCUUAGAUUAACUAAUGCUUCAAUGAUUCUAUCGAUGGAAAUGAAGGCUAAGUUGGAAUACAUGCAUCAACGAACGCCUGAUGGUAGGAUCACGAUGAGGGAUCACCUACUCCACAGGGGUUGACGGUGAUACAGACAGAAACAGAUAUUAAAUCAUUCUUUCAUAGUGGUGGCGCUGAAUGCUUCUAUACUGCU